GUAUAAAACUACCGCAUGAAUGAGUGUGAGGAUACAAUCACACGCUUCUGUUUCAGGACCACCGGUAUCAACAUGAGCUACAGCCCGGAGAGGAUGUCUUCUUACCGCAGGCACUUUGAGGGAGGCCUGGCCGCCUCGUCCACCCUCCAGGUCCGGGUCUCCAGCCCUUCUCCAACUCGCGGGGCGACUAGACACCGGUCCGCCAGCUAUUCCCGCAGCACCGGCCGCAGAGCGCUGUCCGGUACACGCAAAUCACGCAUGACCAGCAGCGUGAGUAUGGGGACGCUGUGUCUCGGGAUGGGUUUUGGUGGUGCUGGAGGUGCAGUGGAUCUGGACGCUGCGGCCGCUGAGAAUCAGGCUUUCCUCAGCACACGCACCAGCGAGAGGAAGGAGAUGAUAGCCCUCAAUGACCGGCUGGCUGUUUACAUCGAGAAGGUACGUUCUCUGGAGCAGAGUAACAAGCUGCUGGAGACUGAGAUUGAUGCCAUUAAAGGCCACCAUGUGAAGCCGUCCGGCCUGCGUCUGCUUUAUGAGGAACAACUGAGGGAGAUGAAGAAGAUUGCAGACCAGAUGAAAAUCCAACGGGACCUGGCAGUAGCAGCAAAGGAUGCUAUGGCAGGUCAGCUGGAAAUGCUGAAGGUGAAAUACGAGGAGGCGUUGGAGGCCAGGAAGAAGGCAGAGCUCGAGAUUGAAGCCUUCAGACCGGAUGUGGAUGCAGCCACCUCUGCCCGAAUUGCCUUGGAAAAACGACUGGAAAAUCUGGAAGUGGAGCUCGAGUUCUUGCAGAGGAUUCACAAAAAGGAAAUCGAGGAGCUGAUGGCUCAAAUUUAUGGAUCUGUGGCUAAAGUAGAUGUGGCCUUCUCUUUGCCCGAUCUGGCGUCUGCCCUCAAACAGAUCCAGGCUCAGUAUGACAGUAUCGCUGCGCAAAACCUCCAGGAUAUGGACGCCUGGUACAAAGGAAAGUUUCAAGAUCUAAACAACGUAUCGUCUCGGCACAUGGAAACAGCGAGAAGCGCCAGAGAGGAAAUCAUGGGAUACAAGAAGGAGAUGCAGAACAAACAGAGGGAACUGGAUGCCCUUAAAAACAGGAAUGAGGCACUGCUGCUGAUGAUCAAGGAGGCGCAGGAGAAUUACAGGAAAGAGGAGGAGGAGCUACAUACGCGUAUAGAGACUCUUAAAGAGGAACUGAGGUCUAUCAAGGGGAAGAUCGCGCUGCUGCUGAGAGAAUAUCAGGAUCUGCUCAAUGUUAAGAUGUCACUGGAGAUUGAAAUCACCACAUACAGGAAGCUGAUAGAGGGAGAAGACAGUCGCUUGUCCAGCAUGGUGGGUGGUCUAUCACUCAUGGGUGGCAGUGUGAGUUCAGGACUGGUCAGCAGUGUUUCAGCGUACAGUUCAGCAGCAGCAGCAGCAGCAGCAGUGAGUUCGGCCGCCUCAGAGAAGAUGAUCUCCAGUAACUCAACGCUCAACCACAACCAUCACGAGUCUGUGGAGGAGUUCACUCAUGAGCAGGCUGUGGAGAUGACCGAGAGGAAGACCGUCCUCAUUAGUUAAGACAGAUGAAGACACGAUUCAAAAGGACACAGAAGAACGUACCAUCACCAUUUCUGGAGCAGCAGACGAGGACGAGUGAUGUAGAGCAGCCCUGUUCCUGAAAGCACAACAGUACAUAUUUGGGAUGUCUCCCUUAUCUCACCCAUUCAUUUGAAGUUUUGGAUCUCUUCUAAUGAUCUGAUGAGUUGAUUCAGGUGUGUUUGAUCAGGGAGAGGUUAAAAAUGUGUACUGCUGGUGUGCCAUCAGGAACAGGGUUGGGAUACACUGCUUUAACCGGAGGACCACCAGCUCUGCACAUUUUCCAUUUGUCUUUAACCAAACACACCUGAAUUUGAUC